GGAGCUGUAUAUUAAUCUGGGUUUGUUUGAUGGCUUUCUCUUUCUUUUCAUCAGACACCAGUACAUUGUAUAAUAUUGUAUAGUAACAGUAACACAGUAACAGCACCAAAAUGAAAUACAUCCACACAGAACAAACAUUAGAUAUCCCAGAAGGUGUCACAGUCAACAUCAAGGCUCGUAUCAUCAAAGUGACUGGACCAAGAGGAUCGCUAACCAAGAACUUACAACACAUUGAUGUUACUUUCCAACACCCUGGAGUUCACUCCAAACACAUCAAAAUCAUUGUCCACAAUGGAGACAGAAAGCACGUUGCUGCUUUAAGAACAGUCAGAUCGUUGGUCAACAACAUGAUCAUUGGUGUCACCCAAGGAUUCAGGUACAAGAUGAGAUAUGUCUAUGCACAUUUUCCAAUCAACGUGAACAUCAUUGAAAAGGACGAAUCCAAGUAUGUUGAGAUUCGUAACUACUUGGGAGAAAAGAAAAUCAGAGCUGUUUACAUCAGAGAAGGAGUUACAGUUGAAAUCUCUUCAGCUCAAAAGGACGAAUUGAUUGUCAGCGGAAACUCUUUGGAUGAUGUUUCUCAAACCUGUGCCGACGUUCAACAACAAUGCAGAGCUAGAAAUAAGGAUAUUCGUAAAUUCUUGGAUGGUAUUUAUGUUUCCCAUCGUGGUGUUAUUGAAGAAGCUGCUUAGGUUUGAUUUUUCUGAGUUGUCUACAUUCUUUUAUUAUAUAGGCUAUAUAAUAGUGGGAACUGGGGAAUAUGAAAAGUUAAAAAAAGAUGGUUUUUUUUCUCUUUGAAAUCAUUAAAGUGCUCAACAUAAUAAAGAGCCCACUAUGAUUUCAGCAAAGGGAGAAAAAGGACAUUUUCUAUCAAAUUGCAAGCAUGUAGAGUGUAAGCUGUAGAUUGAAGAAUUGUAGAGCAGCCCUUUUGUUUGGUUGGCUACUGUCAGUAUAGUGACAAUUCCAGCUCCAUAAUCCGAGACUCCAAUUCGUUUUUGACAAUGCCCUCUGACCUUUUAAGAGCUGUGCUCUUUCUUUGGUGUUUCUUUGAUAUCUCCUUGAUCUUCCUUUGAUCUUCCUCUGGUCGUCCUCUCCUCUUCCUUUCAUCUCUCUUCCACCUCUCUCUUUCUCCCUCCUGCUAUUUGCCCGAGCCCGC